GGCUCAACUGUGAGACCUGUUCCUGUGCCUAAGCCUUUUAAUGAGCAUAGGCUCUCAGGAGCAAUAGUUGGAAACUCACAGCAACCAAAGUCAACCCCGUGGGAAAACAAAUCACUCCGGCUGCUCACGGUCACAGACAUGCAGCCAUUCACCUUGGUCAGUGCUCUUUUGCUACUGCUCCACGUCUCCUCGGGUAGUGCAGAACCACAUAGGCACUACCGACAAGUUCUUACUGGAAACCAACCAGGUGUGUGCCGCUAUGGCAGAAGACUGGAGUGUUGCUAUGGCUGGAAGAAAAACAGUAAAGGACAGUGUGAGGCUCAAUGUGAGCACGGCUGCAAGUAUGGAGACUGUGUUGGCCCCAAUAAAUGCAAGUGUUUCCCUGGAUACACCGGAAAGACUUGUGGUCAAGACUUGAAUGAGUGCGGCCAGAUACCUCGUCCCUGUGAACAUCGCUGCAUGAACACCUAUGGCAGUUACAAGUGCUACUGUCUCAAUGGAUACACCUUAAUGCCUGAUGGAGCUUGUACCAAUUCAAGGACAUGCUCUCUUGCUCACUGUCAGUAUGGUUGUGAAGAAGUACAGGGGGAGAUUCGCUGCCUGUGCCCUUCCCCAGGGCUGCAACUGGGACAAGAUGAGAGGAAUUGUGUAGAUAUUGAUGAAUGUGUAACUGGGAAGAACCUCUGCCCGUACAACAGACAAUGUGUGAACACCUUUGGCAGCUACUAUUGCAAGUGCCAGGACGGCUAUGAUCUGAAAUACGUUGAUGGGAAAUAUGACUGUGUAGACUUGGAUGAGUGUGCAGCCGGUACCAGCAAGUGCAGCCAUCAUGCUGUUUGUCUGAACACUCAAGGAUCCUACAAGUGCAGGUGCAAGUCUGGCUUCAGAGGCAAUGGCUUUGAAUGCUCUGUCAAGCCGUUUUAUCAGAAGUCGUGGGAUGGAGACAAAGGCAGUGCAGAUGAUUUCCUCAAUGCCAUCCCAGACUCCCAAGUGAGACCUGGGAUUGUGGAAGGUAAGCUUGACACUGAGGACAUCAAAAACCUUAUCCCUGAACCAGUCGCGACACCGCCUCCUAAAAUCCGCCAGCAGCCUUUUGACUAUGAUGGAGAGGUCUACGUCGGUGCCCCAACUGAGGUGAGACAAGAGGGACCUUUUGAGGAGGAAGAAGAGGAGGAGGAGGAGGAGGAGGAGGAGGAGGAAGAGGUAGACAACCAGCUCAAUCCAAGGGGAGAUGUUUUCAUAUCAGAGGACUUUGAGUCAGUAUUUGGCCCAACCACAGAAGUAAAACACAUCCAAAUAGCACCAGUCCAGGAAGAGUUUAUUUUGGAUUGUAACUUUGAUCAAGGAGCUUGUGAGUGGGUCCAAGACAAGGCUGAUGACAUGGACUGGAGUGUAGCCUACCAUGACAUAGGUGGUGGGUACUACAUGGCCAUGAGUGGGCUCGUAGGGGAGCAGGAGGAUGUGGCCAAGCUGAAGUUGCUUCUCAGUGACCGGACCCAGCAGGGCAGCUUCUGCCUCACCUUUGACUACCGUGUGGUUGGCCACAACGUCGGGGCUCUCAGGGUACUGCUGGAUAACAUCGCUUACCCUGUAUGGGAGCAGAGCCAUAGCAGAGACCAGGGCUGGCAGACGGAGCUCCUCACUGUGGCCUGGAAAGAGAAGGCCCCAGAAUCUGUCAUCUUUGAAGCUCAGCGUGGGGGAGGUGUUGGAGGAGAGAUCGGGCUGGACAAUGUUGUGCUGACCUCAGGGCCCUGUCAAGAGGAUGACGGUCCAGUCUUUUAAGAAUCUCCACCCUGGAUCAACAAUUUAAAAAUCUGCUCUAACUGACACAUGUCAAGGAUUCCUGUUUCCUAUUGGUAUUAUUGUCUCUUCCUUGUGGAGUUUCUCAUUGUUCUCUGAUGGUUUAGCAUCAGGACAUCCACAUAAAGAUACAGACACAUGAUUUACAGGGAAG